AUGGCCGAGCCCGGAGAGCAACUGCCAGAGGAGGUGCUGGUGCUCAUCCUUCGCUAUCUGCCCCUGCGGGACCGUGUUGCUGCCGCCAGGGUCUGCAGAGCCUGGGCUGUUGCUGCCGCCUGCAGUGUCGUGUGGCGCGACACGACCAUCAGUUGCGACUGUGAGCGAGAAGGCACCCUGCUACCAUAUCUGUCUGCCUGCCUGGACCACGUUCACAACUUACGGCUGGAAUUUGAGCCGUCGAAGGAGCCGAGCCGCCGGGCGGCCACUGAGUUGCUGAACGCACUGGCGGGCCACACCCCGGGGCUUCGAAGCCUGCGCCUGGAGUGCCGCGGAGAAAAGCCGCUCUUCGACGCAGGCCGCGACAUCCUGGACGCCGUGCACGCCGUCUGCCGGGCCGCCUGCGCGCUGCGCCACCUCGACCUUCGGCGCUUGCCUUUUACACUGGACGACGCGCUGGUGCUGCAGGCGGCACGCGGCUGCCCCGAGCUCCGCAGCCUUUUCCUAGACAACUGUACGCUGGUGGGCAGCGUGAGGCCCGACUCCGUGCUCGAGCUACUAGAAGCCUGCCCGCGCCUGCGCGCCCUCGGCCUGCACCUAGCCAGCCUGUCGGACACUGCCCUCCAGGUGCUGGCGGCGCCGGACCGCGCGCCUUUCGCUCUCCUGGCCCUACGGUGCGCGUGCCCCGAGGACGCACGCGCGCCACCCCUGCCCGACGAAGCCUGGGCCGCGGUGCGCCGCCGCCACCCAGGACUGGCCGUGGAGCUGGAGCUGGAGCCAGCGCUGCCUGCAGAGAGCGUGACGCGCGUCCUGCAGCCUGCCGUGCCGGUGGCUGCGCUACGCCUCAGCCUCUCUGGGGACACGGUAGGCCCGGUGUGCUUUGCAGCGCGCCACUGCGCCGCAACCUUGCGCGCGCUGGAGGUGCGCGCCGCUGCCUCAGCGGAGCUGGACGCCGCGCUGGAGUUGCUGGCGGCGCGCUGCGCGGGCCUGCGUGAAGUACACUGCUUCUGCGUGGUACGACCCUCUGUGCUGCACGCCUUCCGCACGCACUGUCCGCGCCUGCGCAGCUACACGCUCAAACUAACGCGGGAGCCGCAUCCCUGGCUGCCCACGCCUGUGGCGUGACUGGGUAGUCGCCUCUCCGGCAGACAUGUGGCCUCUAAGAUGCUGGAUGCAUUUUCCCCAGCGUGCGCCAACGGCUAGCCCGCUCCUUCGGGACUCUGUUGCGUCUUCUGCCUCUGGAAGAUUAGGGC